GUGACGAGCGUGGCCAAUCAGCGCCGGCUUUGUGUCCGCGUUCGGCCGGGACGCCGGCGGCAGGCGGGGCUCCGGGCCCGGAGGGCGGGAGAGGCGGGCGCAUCGGCGGCGGCGGCGGCGGCGGCGGGACCGGCAGGCAUGGGUUGGAAGUGGAGCCUCUCCCCGGACCAGCCGACAGCCAGCAUCAUGCAGUUGCUAACUGCUCUUCUCUCACCCGUUGAUGCCUCCCAGGAAAAAGCGCCGCCAAGCUGCCCAGAAACCCCAGCUGCUAUUCCACCAACAACCACUGGAGGGCCCCAAAUACCGCUGUCGAUCUCCCCAGCUUCCCGUGGUCACCCACACUAGACAGGUGCCCAGCAAGCCUGUGGACCACAACACCAUCACUUCCUGGGUAUCACCUCAGUUUGAUACAACAGCAGAAAGCUGGUUCCCAGGCAACCGGAAGCAUCAUCAUCGAGACCAGAAGAGGCGUUCAAGUCAAAAAUCUACCAGCUCCAGGUUUCCAUGUCUAACGUUUGAGACUCCGCAGUCUUCUGCCAGUUCAGCCACACCUGGGAUCCCGGCAAUCAAGGAUGGCCCCAGUCAACCAGAAAAGGACAUUUCUGGAAGGCCCCUGGUGCCCAUGCUCAGCCCCCAGAGCUGCAGGGAGCUGUCGGCACAUGCACUUCCAGACUUCCCGUGUGCAUUCAUUCCCCGGGACAUCCAGACCCCAGGAUCCCCGGGGCAGGGAGAGCCCAUUCCCUCUGAAGUGAGGGAAAACAGCCUUCCCAGCUGUUCCCUUCACACGAGCACGCCCAAGAGCCCAGAGCCCGGGCCUAUUCUGGUUAAAGACACCCCAGAGGAGAAGUACGGGAUAAAAGUCACAUGGAGGAGGCGACGACACCUGUUUGCGUACCUCAGGGAGAGGGGAAAGCUGAGCAGAAGCCAGUUCCUUGUGAAAGACUGACCGGUUUCCCAGACAUCCGUGGUCUCAAGAAAUUGAUCGCUGGAGUCAAAAGGGAAUUGAGUUCCCAGAUUUGCUUUUUAAAAUAUCUUGUGUCGUAAACAGUUUUUAGUAUCGUAAACAGUCCACUUUAUAUUUUUAGUGUAUUAACUGUUUAACAGAUUUUAAAUGUAACUGUUUAGAAUGUCUGUAAAUAAAUGGCUGCAGACUUUUUAGAGAACCCUGCUUCUGACCUACACUAACACAGUACUACUGCUUCCUCCUUCCCCCAUAAAUGGUCAUUCUUAAUUGUUCCCUUUAACCACCAUCUAUUCAUUCUUUUAAUCACCUCAUUUGAAGUAAUUCAGUCCAUGUGUUUGAGGACCAACUCAGUGACUGCUUCCUUUUUGACCCAGUACAUGGAAAAACUUGAAGCAGACUGUGACUUUUCCUAGUUGGGCUGCUGGCUGGUGAAGAAAGAGCAGCAAGCCUGUUGUAAUACAUAUGGUGAAGGGGGGUUGCCAGGGAGAUAAAGGGGACAUGAUUACGUUACUUAGAGUUGCUAUGUUUUGAUUUUUUUUGUUUCCAAUUGAAAUAACCUGUAAAUAUUAACUAGGGUGGGGAAAUUAUUUCUUGUCCUGUUUAAAAUGUAUGUAAAUAAAUCUGUAAUCUUAUCAAAUA